UGUGCAGAAGAACAUGGGAACCGUGAUUGCACAGCCCAACAACCACAGUGUAUCAACUGUGGUGAGGCCAACUCCCGCUAUGGCACCAAAUACAGCUACUUCCAUCCAGCCUAUGCUCCAGAAUGCCCACAAUACCAGCGCAAGGUACAGUCAAUCCGAGAUAAUACAGAAUACUGCUAAUCUUGAUUUAUCAAACGUCAUAAAUAAAGAUACAAUAUGCAGUACAUUAUCUAUCAAAUGUAUACAAAUAAAUUUACAGCGAGCAAAAGCAGCAGUUGCUCAACUAGCACAAUUUGCAGCAGAAUUUGGUGCUGACCUGAUAAUGGCUCAGGAACCUUACACGCGAGACGGAAUUGCAGUGGGAUUUCCAUUGCAAUGGACAAUUUAUCAACAAGGAAAUGUAGAAUAUCCUCCUAGGGCCAUUAUUAUUAACUGCAACAAAAAAUGGUCUCCGGCUAUCGUAGCAAUUGAACGCGAUAAUGUUGCAAUCAUUAUAGAAGCACAAGAAGCAUCUUUACUGUUUAUCUCACAAUACUCUCCUCCUUCUGCAGAUAUUUUGGCUACUACACAGUUUCUUACAGAUACCCUGCAAAAGAUUAAAAUUCCUCUUAAAAUAAUUACAGGCGAUUAUAAUGCCCACAACACGGUUUGGGGGUAUGCUUCUACGAAUGACAAAGGAAGCCUUCUGGAGGAUUUUCUGUCUGCUAAUCAUCUUGUUUUACAUAACACAGCAGACGCUCCUCCGACAUAUGACAGAAUCUACGCACAAGGCUGGCCUGAUUUGACGGUCAGCUUCAGCCUCAGCUGCGCCAUUAAUACAAAACUGGAGGGUUAA